AUGUCAUCGGCUCUCAAUCAUCUUCGAGGCCUUUCGGGGAUAUCCUCUUUAAGAGCCGCGCAUCCUCGGACUUUUAAGUGGUACAAGAAUUGGAAUUUUGGCGAUAUUAUACGCCCUACGCAUCACUGCCGCGACCUGCUGCGAGAUGCCUCUGGAGACAACCGCCGCUUAUUCCACACAAAUGGUCCCUCUCGUGGGCUCGACUCCCGCGUCCUAGCUAUAGACUCGGACGUUCAGCACGAAGACAGCAUCGAAGUCAAAAAUGGACAGGACGACUCAUCAGCGCGUGUUCGAUAUCCCCGAAGAAAAUGCACCACCAAGUCUACGCUUACACCCUCUGAAUACCUUUCUGAUUCCCUUCAACAAGCAGGCCAUCCUCUUGGGUCUGGAAGGCGAUUCAAAACAGCCGCCGGAAUUUCGAAACGCAAUACAAAAUACGUCAUCUCUCCUAAAAAUCUCUUAAAGAAAGAACCUCGAUCACGUUCUGUGCGACAGUCUCUACAAACAACGCUUGGUCAAUACAUCCAAUAUGUCGAUCCUUUACUUCGCAGUGUUUCUGAGGCAGAUAAUUUGAAUGCAUGGGAGGUCGCGCUCGGAGACGUCUUCCGAGCAAGCAACCGCCGUUACCUCGAAGUACGAGGCUACAGCGUGGAUGAUGUGGUUGCAUGGGCGUGGAUUUUGACCAGCAACGAUCCAUAUCAAGCAGCCUCGCGAUUGCUUUUGUUGGAAGCUGAUUAUAAAAAUCAAAAGAUAUCGACUAAUGGGCCUCGUGUCCCGCCCUUCAUUGUUUUGCUUCUCUUAAAAGAGCAUCAUCUAGAUCCUCAUGUCUUUCGGUUGUUACUUAUCCAUUCUUUACAUCUGAUGAGCGGUGAACCUCUCCCAAGUCUUGACAUACUGGGUCAGUCUUUGCAGACAGAGCAGGUACCCGCUACGGAAAGCAUAUACCCCAGAAGGCCUCAGGUCGAUGUAACUACUUGUAUGCUGUUGACCAAGCGUUUGAUACGGCAUGCGCGGCACGUAUGGCCCGAGGCUUUCCCUGUCGUUGCCCGCGCGGUUGCCCGAUUUUUGACCAUGCCAGGCACGGAAAGGACAGGCAAAUCAAUCCCCGACGAGUCAAAAGAUAGACGUUUCAGAACCCAAAUGGCCAACCUUUGUCUUUCAUUACUCUCCCUCCCCGCGAAAAUUCAUCCCUUCCGAUCAGCCUUCAUGCAACAACAAGCGCAAUUCGAGCUUCUUCGUGCCAUGGCCACUCAUAAGCCGGUUCUUCCUGUAACACGGGAAGGUUAUCGAGCCGUGGUUGCCGUUCAACUGGCCCAUAAAAAGACAACAGACGAGCGCCAAUCUGCAGACUUGAAAGCUCCCUCAUGGCCUCCCUGGAAGGAAGAAAAACUUGGAAUUGAUGCUCAACGAGGAAAUGAAGGUCUCCACAGUCGUGCAAUGAACGUACUGUCUCAAAUGAAAGAAGCAGGGUAUUCCCCCCGGCUCUGGGAGGAGAUUUCUUCUAUCUUGGCUGGUUGGGAUACCGAUGGCAGCCCGACAGUUCAAACAAGGUCUCUUGCUCCGCCACGAGAGUCUUGGCCGCUGAAAAGUCGCCAGGAUCGUGAUCACCACCUCAUGUGGGUUGCACGAAUUCGCGCCACUCGAACUGUACGUGAAGCCUGGGCUUGUUUCUUAUCUUACCAGGAUCAUGGCCUGCCUCCAAAAGCUGCGAUGUACGCUGCGAUGGCCGAAAAAUUGUUGUAUCGCCAAAAUUUGGCUGGUAGUGAUUUUGAUCGGGCUAGUCUGACUCUGCCGGGCGACGGGCGGGAGGUUUACGCAGAACCGGCUUCGGCACGGGACGUUAUCUAUGUGCGCUCAGAACCGCCAUCAUUAAACGAAUUUUUGGACGAAAUGAUCUCUCAUGAUAUUCUUCCUUCUGGCAGGCUGCUUGCCCUCCUUUUGUUGUCUGCCCCAACUUUGCGUUCGGGACUGGUUUACCUACAUGCCAGCAGUCUUACCGAGGACCAGAUCAUAGGGCUAUGUACUGUAUGGCGUCAUCCAUCGGAGUACCAAGAAAAGCAUCUUAGAGCCCUUGAAGCUCUGCCGGACGUCAUAUUCGGUGCCUUUAUCAAGUUUUUGUGCAAACAUUCGCCUUUAACCGUCAGUAAAUGUGCCAAGGAUGUCUUCAUGGCCGACCGGACCGAGUUUGACGUUGAAUUUCCAACCCAAUAUGAACCCGAUGGGCCUAUUGCCUUUCUUUCCGAAAACCAGGAAGAUCUAGGACCAGCAGGCCACCCGCUAGCAUUUUGGCAUGCUACUCAGUUAGUCAAAUUACGCCAACCGCCUUGCCGCUGGGCCUGGCAUAAUCUUCUUUCUGCCUUCCACCUUGAUCCCAUUGGUGGACAACAAACAGCACGCACCAAGCGAUUUGUUCGCCUAGUGGCGUGGCAUGGCAUUGGUCAAGUCUUAACCUGGAUGCGUGCGCGCAAUAUUGCACCUGGGCCAAAUGAUUUCCAGUCCUUAUGUGUAACGUUCAGCAGAGCGAUUGAUGCUGGAAUCAAACAACCCGAACUAGUAGAAAAGGCAACCAGACUCUAUCAAGUCUCUGCUAAGUUCCCAGAAACCGAUGAUCGUGAUCACUUCGAUGUUCUGGUUGAAAAUGGCCUGUCUCUUCUUAAGGCUCACUUUGAUCAGCUGGUUCUCCCUUCUGCACAAACCUCUGGUGUUGCGGAGCGAAGCAUAUUUGCCAUGGAUAGUGAGACGGACUCACUUAUCACCACGCCUUCUCUUCUUCAUGUCCCGUCAUAUGCAACACUACACAGCUUUGUGCGGGCCAUGGGAAUGGUUGGAGACGAUGACGGCCUGUUACAUCUGCUGCGGUGGAUGAGUCGGUCAUCUGCUUUGCUGAACGAGGUUGCUGAAGAACGUCUAAACGGGAGCCAAAUGAUGCGUCAGACCUUAGUUGCUACCCGAAUGUACCUGCAGAAGCUACACCCCCAGUCUGUUACGGAUGAUCGGAAUGAUAAGAUAUCAUCGGACUCUAAGCUGGAGGAGGCAUACGACAUAGUCAGUCGGACACCAGGCUGGGAAUGGCCCGAUCUGGCAGAGGUUGAGGAAUAUGUGAAUGUAUAA